UACUACAGCAAACACCUAGGGUAUCUGCUCUCCUGUCUACGCUCUUCAAUCUAAAUGUUAGACAUGUCAUCUACUGGAUUUACCCCCUGUCUGACAAUCAUUUUUCUACUUAUCUAUGGGCAAGGUGGCUGCUGCCUCAGGUUGGUAAACCUGCAUGUGCCGUCGGUGGUAACAAGUGGCGACCCCUUGUGGCUGAACUGCACUUACGACCUAGAAACGGAUGUGUUGUACGCUGUCAAAUGGUAUAAAAAUGAUACAGAAUUUUAUCGGUACAUACCACGUGACAAACCGUCUGCCCAGAGCUAUGCUAUGCCUGGAGUAUUUGUUGAUAUCCGAAAGUCAUCCGAAGGCAACGUCUACUUCUCAACCACUAACUUGGACACAGAAGGGAAAUAUCGAUGUGAGGCUUCUGCAGAAGCUCCAUCAUUCCAAACAAUAAUGGGCGAGGAAGAACUGACGGUAUUUGUAUUGCCACCAGAUGGCCCUACUAUCCAUGGCGGUCAACCAAGAUAUGACAUUGGAGAUAUAGUCAACGUGACAUGCAAGUCAAACCCGUCUAAACCCUCAGCAAACUUACGGUGGUUUAUCAACGGCAGAGAAGCACUGCAAGAAUACGUGACAGCGUUCCCCAAUGUUGAAGACUCUGAUGGCUUAGUCAGUUCUGUAUCAAGCUUAAGUUUUGAAGUUACUCCCGAGCUUUUUGCGAAUGAUGUAUUUAGUCUUAGGUGUUCUUCAAUUGUUGCACAAAAAUACUCCUUGAGCAGUGAAAAAUUAAUUAUUGGACGGACUGGCACUCCAGAAUCACCUUCUAGUCCAUAUCCAGCGUCUGGCACAGGUGGGCCAAUGAUCAUUGGUGGUCACUCUUCAUACAGGGUUGGAGAUACAGUGAACAUUAACUGCACUUCUGCCAGGUCGAAACCACCGGCUGAAUUGCAAUGGUUUGUCAAUGAAAUAAAGGCUCCGAAGUCCUAUUUGGUAAAAUAUCCUUUAUCUCAUGACGAUCAAGGAUUACAAACAUCUGUUUUGGGACUAAAAUUUCAAGUAAACAAAGGACAUUUCGAGGAUGGAGAAAUGCAUCUGAAAUGCACGGCCACUUUAUCCGAAAUUAUGAACAUGACAAGUGAAGAGCGUGUAAUCGGGCAUAAUCACCAAAGCUCAGGACUUCAUGCUUCAGAAAGUAGAGUGUAUGACAACAGUGCUGAGACAAUUGAUAGCAUCUUUCGGGAAGCUCCUAUGAUCAUCGUGGUAAUAGCAGUAGUAGCCAUGACAAGGUAUACCUCUUGAAGAAAAUAAGGUGUUUGUCUUUUCCUCCAAAGUAGCACUUAGUGCUCUUGAUUACAUAAUGGCAUUGGGUUUUAAUUUACCUAGAUGUCUAAAUGGCUUUGUGUGCAAACAAGAUAGCAAGAAUCGUAAUUUAUUGACUUUAUAGAGAUAUUUUGAUGUAUAUUAAAACAAACAGAAACUUUCAGUACGAAAAAGUACACGAACUCACAUACACAGGUAUACAUUUAUAUGGAUAUAUUAUUCUCUGUUUUUUUUAUCUGUGAUCUUAAUUGUAACGUAAUCUUUUUCGUCUGCUCGUUUGUUGUUAUCUUUGAAAUAUCGAAAAACUGUCCCUCCUGAAAUAAUCUUAAGAUGUAAAGGAGAAAAAAGAAACAUACAUUUUCCUGCAAUAGAUAGCAAGACAGGUCUAAUUUUGUUUACACUUCAAAAAAAAAGUUUUUUUCAGAUCCUCAUAAAUUUUCUUACAUGUAUAUAUAUAACUAGUGGUUAUUUUUGUAUGACUACGUUUGUUAUUUUUUACAUUAGCCUUUUUCAUGUUCUCCUACACUUCGUAUGUAUCCUUUAUAGAAUAUUGUACAGGAAAAUCAAAACUUAAAUGGUUGUAAACUUAUUUAAUUUUUGUUUUGAAUUAACGGUGAACAUUCCACUGAUUCAUAUACGCCUUUGUAUGAGAAAUUAACAUAUGAUUUGUCAACCUUCAACGGUUUAAAGUGGAAGUUAACAUAUAAACAACUAAAAUUAAGCAUAUAUUCCUUCAAAUUAAUGUACUAUAUUUAAUCCUGCACACUUCAGUUUACAUUUCAUCAAGCUAAUAAUAGAUUUCUAUACCAAAACAACAAAUGGUGGACAAAAGUUACUGUACAGUUGGCACUAUUCGACUGGCACAGUUGGUAUAGUUGAUAUUAUACAGUUGGUACUGUACGGUCGGCAUAGUUGGUAUAGUUCAUAUUAUACAGUUGGUACUGUACGGUCGGCACAGUUGGUAUAAUUGAUAUUAUACAGUUGGUGCUGUACGGUCGACACAGUUGAUAUUAUACAGCUGGUACUGUACGGUCGGUACAGUUGGCAUAGUUGAGAUUAUACAGUUGGUACUGUUCAGUCGGCACAGUUAAUAUGGUUGGUAUUAUGUGGUUGAUACUAUUCGGUUGGUACAGUUGGAAUAGUUGACAUUAUACAGUUGGUACUGGACGAUUGGCACUGUUGGCAUAGUUGAUAUUAUACAGUUGGUACUGUACGAUCGGCACAGUUAAUAUGGUUGGUAUUAUAUGGUUGAUACUAUUCGGUUGGUACAGUUAGUAUACUUGAUAGUAUACGGCUAGUACUAAAGGAAAUAUUACGAAGACAAUUGAAACCAAUUUAUUUUUCAGAAUAAUAAACUAUGCUCUGAAUCAAACAACUGUAUAUUAACUUUUUCCCCCACCCUGUACAACAAAGCAGUUUGUUUUCAUAUAUAAAUAUCGGAAAUGAAAGACCAUUUGUUUGUUCUAGCCCAACACUACAUAUUUAAUAAAGUACUUAUAUUCAUUAAGAUAAUUUCAAUCAAGAUAUUUUUACGUGAAUUGUUAUAUUUAUCUAAAUGAUAACAAAUUAACGGUAGAUGUGGAUUGGAUGUUCGAUUCUGAAACGGUUAAUUUUUUACAAACGAGAACGUGUUUGACCAGCUUUUGUAGAAUUUGGAAUCCCAUUCAUUUCAAGUUAAAAUUUCUGACCAAGCGUAUAUUGACAAGACUCUUAAUGAUUUUUUUUUAACAAUUCAGUGGAAUUAAACGUAAUAGUUUCUACAUGAUUUUUUUAACAAGCCAAUGUUUCCACCCCCAAACACAUGACCGACUUUGCCGGAAACGAAUUGCAUGUUUUGUACGAUUUAAAGUAACAUAGUUUUUUUUACACAGAAAUGAAUUCAACUUUAGUUCAUCUUUUAUACUAAUUUGAUUAACGAUGUUUGAAAUUUUUGUAUUUCGACCAUAAUAAUUUACACUGCUCAAAAGACGGUAAGCGUAUGAACAGUAUUCUAUUAGAGUCAAGAAGAUGAAUGCGAUGUAUACGGUGUUGAAUAACGCAAAGUUACACUAAGACAUGAAUUACUAUGACUCAAAGUCUCGAAGACGCUACUGUAUAAUAAUCGUAGCAUUACAAACAACUGAUAACUGUAUUAUUGAACAUUGUUUUGUUUUUUAACCUUUAAAACGUGUAGUUUAAUAUUCUAGUCUCAAGAUGUGUUCAAAUUUCAAACUAGUUUUAAUUCUUAUUGUAUUAAGAAAUAAUCUCUAUGGGCCCAGUUAAGUGUGCGCAUAUCUCUGUGUUGCAGAUCUGUAUACGUCUAAUUUAAGAUCAUCAACUUGUCAUGAAAUCAGAAGUGUUUCAUGAAAUUAAACUUUAAAACGAGUUUAUUGGUUCACUCUCAGUCAGAAUUUUUAUGUCUGAUAUACUGCAUGAUAUUGUACAUUUUGGAAAUAACACACGCGAAUAUUGGAAUGAAAUAGUAUAUUCUCCCCGAUAAAACUGUCACUGUGAGUUAUAAAUUCAUACUUUGUGACUGUUUAUAUUCUGUUUUUGGAAUAUCUCUAACUACUACAUUUAGCAUUUUUUGUGAAUGAUUAAGCUUCAUUUCAGUCUCUAUCAUAGAAUUAAAACUUUUAGUAUGAUAUAGAGUUUGCAGUGAUGCUAGAGAGAUUAGUGAAAGCUAGUGAAAGAUUACAACUUGUUGCUUUUUCUGCCAGUAAUUGCUUCCUGUUAAACACGCUGGCGUGGUAAAUGUGUACACGACUACAUUUCGUCAUAAUUAUAGAUUGAAAUUGUUCUGUAAAUAGCUCUGUAUUCAAUUGUCUUGUCUGAGUGUGUAUAUAUAUAUAUAUAUAUUUAUGUGUAAAUGUACACGUUUGGCAUAAUGUCUGCAAAAAUAUAAUUCUGUAUUAUCGUAAGUUGCCUUUUAAACUUAUGUUUCACUGGUUUGUACAUAGAAAAUAAAGGAUAAAAAAAAAGAUUUCAGUAUUUGUAUUCUACAGACUGGACUGGUAUGUUUUAUUUUAAUAUGAAUACAACGAAUCAUUUCAGAUAAUGAUGUUUACUAUGUUAAAGGUAUAAGCAGAAAAAAACAACAAAACAUUAAAUUUUAAUCCAUUUUCCAAAAGUUUUUAAAUAUGUAUUCAAAUUUCAAGGAACACACUAUCAUUACGUUUGUACUUACUUAAAUGUUGAUUGAAUUGAUAAUCAUUGGUAUUAUUAAACAA